GGCAACCCAUGGAUGGAUAGAGGAUGUGUUCUCUUGUGGGAAAGCGUUUGUGUGCGCUGCUGCUUUUAGUUUCGAUUACCAUAGUUAUACGUUUUCAAGGUGACGGUCAACAUUGGGAUAUAUUUGCUGGAUAAAAUAAAUAUGGUGAAAGGACUUUAUGGAUUUCUGACACUUGGUGUGUUGGUGUUUACAGGUGGGCCUACACCUGCCUCCUAUCUUCUUGAGCUCAACCCUCCCAGAGUGGUGGUGAGAUAUGGAGACUCAGUCUCAGUCAACUGCAGCACAUCAUCCACAGACCAUGAGGGGAUGGGCUGGGAGGCCACAUUCGGAGGUAAAAGUUUAGAACAAGAUGCCAACGUUGUCACCUGGACUGUGGAUAACCUUACAGAUUGGACAAUAGAACCCAAAUGCUACAUCAAUCUCAAUGAUAGCAAACAACCCUCAAAAGUACUUCCAGUCAUUCUCUACAAGACUCCAGACAGCAUCUCCAUCUCUGUUCGGAGCCACUCUGGUCCCAUGGUGGAGGGGACACAGUACCAGCUGCAGUGUGACAUUCAGAACAUUGCUCCUCUACAGAACCUGGUUGUGAAGUGGUACAAAGGGAAUGAACCCUUAGAUAUUGUAACUUACAGUAACGUCAGUAAGAGACCAGCGGAUGUGUCAGCUACUCUGAUGAUCAGCCUCCGUAGAGAUGAUGAUGUAGAUCAGUAUAGAUGUAGAGCAGAACUGGACCUGGGACCAGAGGGACCACAACCCCAUCCUACAGUGACAUCAGAACCUCUCAACAUUACUGUGCACUACUCCCCAACCUUUUCCAGACCUGAAGCUGAGACCCUGGACAUCAGAGUGGGGGAGGAAAUCACCUUAAACUGCACGGCUACUGGAAGGCCCACUCCUCUGUACAGGUGGCAGUCUUCAGACUUCCAAGAAGCUCUUUUCACCCCCCCGUCCGAGGUCCCAGGAACCUACACCUGCACUGCCUACAAUCAGAUAGGCAAGAUCAGCAAGACAUUCACUGUGAAUCCCAAACCUAAAGGGGACAGAACAACGUUCUGGGUCAUCAUAGGAUUGGGCCUAGGCCUAGGCCUAGGCCUGGUCAUGAUUGUCUAUGCCAUUGUCAAAUACAGAGCAGGUCCCAACUCCAUCAUCUGAACAGGCCAGAGGAAGAGCAAUUCUAUCGCCAGUGUGACCGGCAGGACUUCCUCGAUAGACACUGUAUGAAUAAGAAUGGUUGUUUAUUGAAUUACUAUGAUGGAACGCUUCAAUCCUGCAUGGCUUAUAAAUCUAAAGAGUGCUUUCUUUUUCUUUUUUUUCCUUCUCCAACCAAUAGCUUUGUGCCAUUUGGACGUGGUGAUGCGUUGUUUUGAAUGUGUCUUGGGCUGUGUCCGUGUGAGCAUGUUGCGCGACACUACCAGUCAUUCAUUCACAUGCAUGUGUGUCCUGUUUUAUUAUUUAUUUUAUAAUCAAGCAUACCUGAAUGUAGUCUCUUCUCACAGCCACUGUGUCUCUGUCACGCAGGUAAAGCGGCUGUAUAAACAGGCUAGCCUGAUCGCUGUAGUCCGAUGACAGCACCAAGUGACCUUACGUGACUGUACAGUGAGAAAUGAGCCAUGCAAUGCAUCACUUCCUGUCUAAUGCCUUUUUUUUCUUGUUGCUCUAAAAUGGUGGUACCAGAGCCACAGGAAGCUUCUCUUCACUAUUGCUAAUUUUGUUCUCUGCCCACACUCUUCCACUAUCUCUCUUUUACCGUCACAGCACCCUAGAUUCUCAGUAACGUCAGUAUGUUUGAUGAUAGCUUUAAUUGUUGGUCUUUCACUUUCUCAACCUAUAUCUGCAGACCAUAGGGAAGCGAACAUGCAUACUGACAUUAAUCCCAUGGACACAGUCUCAGGGCUGUGAGGAGAGCAAGGCCACUGAUGUGUUUUAACUAUCUCAGGUAUUUUAAUAGUCUACACAGUCAUAUCUCACCAUGGGUGGUCCUUUACGAUGUUGCUAUACUGUGUGUUAGUAGAAACGAUAUAAUCUGUUUUGACGAGUGGAGUGGCACAGUCCUUCAAUCGUUGUCUUUUUUUGUUGAAUCACAGUCAGAGGUUUGUUUAUUUUUUGUAAUACAAUUUUAUAACAUUCAUGCUAGAUAUUUAAAGGUAUGGUUAGUGUUAAGUGCAAAGUAUGUUCAGUUCACGUUGUACAGGGCUGGAAUAGUAUUGGUACAGUUAGAAAUGGUGCUUGUAAGGUGCACAGAACUAUUUGAGUUGCACGAUGUAAACUAGCUUUUUACAUGUGAUGUUUGUGUUGUGUCGCUAACUAACUAUGUGUAUAUUGUCCAUUUGAUUUCAGCACUGAAUGUUGUUAUAUGCCGUCUUUAACAGUCGCUAACACUCAUUCUCUACUUUAUUUAGUCCUUUUUGUCAGCUUGCUUAUGUUUAUAUGACCCGUGAUAUGUGUGUUUCCAUCUGUCUGCUCUUCCGUUCAGACAUUUAGUUCUCUAUUCGGAAUGUCAGUACUUGUUAGGCUCAGCAUUGUCAGAGAUUCAGUUUCAGGAAGUGUUCUACUGCAACCUAUUUAGGUUAGAAUGAUGCUGUCUUUCUUUUCCAUUUCAAUAGUGCUGCAAAAUUGGUGGACAGUUUUGCAUCGACAAUGCAGGAGAUGUUUACCAUGCAUACACAUCAUUCGCUGUCAAACAUCAACCAGCUAUGCUCAUUGAGUUAAAGUUUUUGAAAGAAUCAGUCUUUCACUGUGACAUGUUCCUCUACUGUAUUUUGAAUGCCAUUGGGAACCUUUCUCUCAUAUAUCACUGUAACACUGACACAUCAAUACUAAUCACUACAAACUAAGGUCCAUGUAAAGCGACGCAUGGAAGUCCAUCUGUUAUCCUGCCUGGCUCAUAUAAAUACUUCCUUUUUCAGAAUUGA